CUUCAUAUGGGUUGAGUCUCCUCAUCAUCUGCCGAUAUUCGCCGCGCCCCUAGCCAGUACCCGAUCUCGAACGUGCCAACACCCAAACGACUGUAUCUUUUCGAUUGGUAUCGAGACAGAAGGACGGAUGGGCAACUGGCUAGCUACAACCACGACCACGACCACGACCACUGUCUUCAUCAUUUGUGAACAACAACUCUCACCAGCGCGCGCUAUACCAGGUUCAUUGCUGUUUCCUUAGACGGCUCUUAUCCCGAUUAUCAUCACAUCGUUUCAAGACUUACCUGCUUAGCUUCACUAAGCUAGCUAAACGUACGCAACAUGUCUAUACGAAUCGUACUCGAUAAACCGCCCGAGUUCUAUACAAAUCUCGACUUCAUCAGCGGCCGUGUUAUAAUAGUCCUCCAGCGUCCCGAGACCAUCGGAAACAUAAUAGUAAAGUUAGAGGGCGAGUCUGUGACAGCUUUGGAUAUCCGUCCCGAGCGCCGUGAUGAAUACAACGUGCCAGGAAACGUUAUUACCGAGAACCACAAAAUCCUAUAUAGAGUAUUCCAGGUGUAUCCAGAUGACGCCGUCGCGCUCUCCUUCCAGCCAGGCAUGCACGAGUUCAAGUUCAACUUCAAAGUUCCGCUCAAUAACAUUUGCCAUGAUGCAAGAGCCAUAAGCUCGGUAAUGGGUGUCGGUGGUCUUGGCGGCGUGGGAAAUGCAGGUAUCUUGGGUAGGGGCGGCUUUCGAACCAUGGAUGGAGCAAAGCAGCUGAUGCUUGCUCACGUCAAAUCUACAUUGCCCCCUUCGCUCACAGGCUUCCCUCAAGAAGCCGAGAUACGCUACUACGUCAAGGUGACCAUUCAACGUCCCGGCAUCUUCAAGGAGAACUGGCGUUAUCAGCUAGGAUUCAAGUUUCUGCCAGUUGAGCCACCAAGACCAGACUCGGGCAAGCAGGAGGCAUUUGCCCGUCGCCCUUUUGCUUUCAAGCCUCGUACCCCUCUCUCUGGCCGGAGGUCUUUCUUUGGUAGCAGGACAACCAAUGCGCACAAUGGAGUGGGUCAGACGCCUCCAUCGUUCGAAAUCUCUUCGCGGCUACCAUUUCCCUCCAUAUUAACAUGUAACGAGCCACUUCCUCUUCGACUCAUUGCGAAGAAACUCGUACCAGCACAGGAGCAGGUUCAUCUGACGGCCCUCGAGAUUGCCUUGGUCGGCUACACGCAUGUUCGUGUUGCAAAUAUCGAGAAAGUCGAGCAAACUAGGUGGAUCGUCGUUUCAGCGCUCAACCUCUCAAUAGCACUAGGAUCGCCGAGUGAUCCAGUGGAUACUGAAUUCGAGAUACCGAAUGACUCAUGGAGGACACAACGACUCCCAAACACAGUCGCUCCUUCGUUCAGAACCUGUAAUCUCAUGCGGCGGUAUGGGCUUGAAAUGAAGAUUACUCUGAAUUGGGGCUUGCCAGGAGCUGGAAAGAGCAGCGGCUUGCUCCCGCAGGCUGUCUCGCUGCCGUUAACCAUGUCGAAGGUUGAGGUGUUCUCCGGUAUCAAACCGCCCGCUCAAUUGCUCCAAACAGCGGUCUCACGUCCCACUGGCACGAUCCCGAGUGCCUCCAGCAGUGUCAAUGUCAACGGAAACGAGACGGCACCUCGGCCUCCGCCUCGCCCAAGCACGAAUGGUAGACCGCCGAUUCCGCCGAGAACCAAUGAUCCUUUAUACCCCCCACAGCUAGGGCCGGACAAUGUGCCAGGAUACGAUGAUGCACCACCAAGCUACGACGAGGCAAUGGCAGAGUCCCUGACUGGACCUCUCGACCGCCCUGCCUAUAGCGGUGUCACCGCGGAAAAUGCGCCGAGCACGAUGCCGCCUGAGAAGUCGUAACAAUUCAUGAACCAACGUUGCAUGGAAUGAAACGGUAUCACCUUACUCUGAGCCAAACUCAAAACCAUCAAGGCAUAUAAGUGAAA